AUGGCUACCCAUACCUUUGAGAGUACAGACCCUGCCGUCUACGCCGAGUAUGAGGCUCAGUGGUCGGAUCUUCCCAAGGACGCAGAGGGUUGGAUCAAGCGUGCCCAAGAUGUUGCUGAUGUGCUAGCCAAGGACGUUGUCGUCCGUGAGCAGGCCAACAAGUCCCCCAAGGCUGAAGUUUCUCUUUUGAAGCAUUCUGGUCUGCUCAAGAUUCUUGGUCCGGCCAAGUAUGGUGGUGGUGAGCAGCCUUGGAGUGUUGGGUUUAGGGCGGUUCGCGAGGUUGCCAAGAAGGAUGGCUCGAUUGGUAUGCUGCUGGGCUAUCAUCUCGUGUGGGCAACUGCCGCCAACGUCGUUGGCAGCCCUGAGCAAGCCGACAGAACGCAAAAGCUCAUCAUUACCAACAACUCCUUUGUCGGAGGAGCUGUCAACCCCCGUGACAGCGAUCUCAAGAUCAUUUCUGAUGGUGACAAGAUCGUCUUUAACGGUUUCAAGAAUUUCAGCACCGGAGGCGUCAUCUCAGAUCUGACCGUCCUGGAGGGCGUCUACGGAGAAAAGGAAGAGCACAUCUUUGCUGUCGUUCCUACACAACAGGCUGGUAUCCAGUUUAAGCAUAACUGGGAUAACAUUGGUGUGCGGUUGACAGAGUCUGGAAGUGUCAACAUCGAGAAUGUGUCGGCUCCUUGGAGUGAUGCUCUGGGGUGGGAUGCUGAGGCUAAGAAGCCCGAUCCUAACAUUUUGGCUAUUCCUUUUGCCAGCUUGCUUCUCCCCACUGUGCAGCUGAACUUUGCCAACCUGUACCUGGGCAUCGCUGCUGGUGCUCUCGAGUACGCAUCUCAGUACACCCUCAAGAGCACCCGAGCCUGGCCCUAUGGCGGCGACAACAAGGAAAAGGCCACUGACGAGUUCUACAUCCUCUCCACCUACGGCAACUUCCUCGCCCACAUCCGCGCAGCCGAAGCCCUAGCCGAAAAAGUCAUCGCCAAAACCGACGAAAUCUACGCCAAGUACUCCACCAACCGAUCCCAAGUCACAGCCGAGCAGCGCGGCGAGUUUGCCGAAUGGGUCGCCAGCCUCAAGGUGGUCACCACCGACACUGGUCUCAAAGUCACGGCAGGCGUGUUUGAGGUUACCGGGUCGAGGGCUACGGCUUCUAAGGCUGGGUUGGAUCGGUUCUGGAGGGAUCUUAGAACGCAUACGCUGCAUGAUCCUGUUGCUUAUAAGAAUCGGGAGUUGGGGAGGUAUCACUUGCUUGGGGAGUAUCCUGAGCCUACGUGGUAUACUUAG